AUGCUAAAGUGCGUCAAAAUUAGGGCUUCACUGAUCGUUCUCACGAUAAUUUCCGUUGUUGUCUCCUCGGAAAAUCCUACUGUAACUGGUGUUAUUCCCAGUGAAUUUAUUAGUCUUAGUGCUGGUGUCAUCGAAGUUCCACCUAACAAAAAUAUCACUUUGUAUAUUUACGGGGAGAGUUUUGAAAAUGUGACCUACUUGGCCUUCGCAACAUCUAGGAGUGAAGAUUCAUUUUCUUGUGAAAAUCAUCGUGCAACAAUUGCCUUUAUUGUGCAGAAGCCCACAGUCUACUCACUAGAAACUUCUGUUUUGCUACGCCAACUGACGCCAUUUGAAAGUGCCUUCUACAUUUGCUUUAAAUUGGCUCAUCCGUUUUCUCACAAUAAUCAAACAGUAAGCUGGAUUCACGCCACGCCGACGUACCCCGCAGCAAUCGUCACCCUUCGAACAGCCUCUACCAUUAUGCCCUUAUGGGUUCAGAUUAUUCUUAUUAUUAUCCUUUUCUCCUUAUCCGGUCUCUUUUCCGGACUGAACCUUGGAUUGAUGGCGCUAGAUAAAACAGAACUUAAAAUUAUUGAAACGGCUGGAGAUCCUGACGAAAAGCGUUAUGCAAAAGCCAUUCGUCCUGUAAGGGAGAAGGGGAAUCUGUUGCUCUGCACUAUUUUGCUCGGAAACGUGACGGUCAACACAUCCCUCACCAUACUCAUGGAUAAUCUAACCGGUAGUGGUUUGUUUGCUGUCAUUGCUUCGACACUGGGUAUUACUAUGUUCGGUGAAAUUCUCCCACAAGCAAUAUGUUCCCGCCACGGCCUCGCCAUCGGGGCGAAAACAAUCUGGCUCACACGAUUUUUCAUGGUGGUCACAUUCCCGCUCGCCUUUCCGAUCAGUUAUGUUCUCGACAAAAUGCUCGGAGAAGACCUUGGCCAGGUUUACAGCAAGGAAAAACUUGGCGUGCUGUUAAAGGAACAGCAAGAUGCCGGUCUUGUCGCGCCAGAUGAAAUGAACAUAAUUGCCGGUGUCUUGAACAUGUCUACGAAGACUGUGAAGGACAUCAUGACACAGCUUAGUGAUGCUUUUAUGCUGCCCAGUACAGCUCUCUUGGACUUCGACACAAUGAACGAAAUAUUUUCCCAUGGCUUCACUCGAAUUCCUAUGUAUGAGGGAGAUCGGAGGAACAUCAAAGCUAUCCUCAAUGUCAAAGACCUUGGCUUUAUUAAUGCCGAUGACAAAGUGCCUGUGGCAACUGUCUGCAACUUCUACAAUAGGUCUAUUCUCGUAGUGCCAGAAACCACCAGUCUUGAGGCUAUGCUCAAGGAAUUCCGACAAGGUAAAACUCACAUGGCGUUUGUAGAACGCAUCACACCCAAUGGUGUUGGUGAUCCUUUCCAAGAAUUGGUCGGUCUUGUAACACUGGAGGAUGUCAUUGAGGAAAUAAUUCAGGCUGAGAUUGUGGAUGAAACAGAUAUUUUCACCGAUAACACGAGGAAGCAGCCACGCCUCGUUAGAAAAACAGAUUUCCGUGUUUUCAACACCUCCAACUCCAACAAACCACGCCACCAUCUAUCACCGCAGCUUAAAAUUGCUGCUUUGCGUCACCUCGCUUCAAAUGUGGAUGCUUUCAAGGAUGAAUACGUCGCCUUGUCUGUGCUCCAAAGUAUGCUCAAUUCUAAUGUCGUCAUCAACCAGGUCUUCAAUUCUCACGAUGAAAAUGAAAAUAUAAUUUACAAAGCGAAUCAAUGGGCAAACUACGCUGUGCUCAUUCUGCAGGGCAGAGCCCUAGUGGAGACCAGCAACGAAAAACUUCUCUUCGAAGCUGGGCCAUUCAUGCUUUUUGGUGAAACUGUAUUCAAAUAUGUAAAUGACAUCUAUCCAGAGGUAUCAACCCUCAAGGAUCCUGAGCUACAGUCGGCCCAGCUGGCGGCGCGAGCUCGCUUCCUGCCCGACUACACAGUGCGUGCAGCAACCAACAUCGAGUACCUCCGCAUCACUGCUGAGCACUAUCUCCUUGCGCGCCGCCUCACUGUCUGGAUCACUAAACUCCACCCUCAAGACCCGGAAGCGGUUUCACCGUCUCAGCAGAACAUAAUCGAUGAUGUGUUCGGCUCUGAGCCGACCAAUGAAGGUGUGGUCUUGCCAUCAGCAACGCCCGAAUAG